CUAUACCGUUUUUUUAACUUACUAUUGCUUUAUUAACUCGUCCUUGCCCGUGUUCGCUCUGCCAUCUCGUGCAACUCUUAAUGAUAAUGAUUUUCUUCCCUUGGUCCGUUCAGAUAUUAUUUAGCAGAUCUAUUGUGUAGUUUGUGGCAGAGUUCCAUGAUGGUGUCACUGCAAGACAUCGCUAGCAACACGCGUCUGGCUAGAGAGAUGGCUUUAACGUCUCAGUACGAGACGGCUGUCAUUUACUACCAGGGUGUAGUGCAGCAAAUACAUCGACUGCUUGCUACCAUACAAGAGCCCAGCAGAAAACAGCAAUGGCAGCAGGCACAGCAGCAGAUUGCAGCAGAGUACGAGCAGCUCAAGGAGCUCAUGAACACUCUCUCCAUGUUCGAGAACCCCAUGAACGCUCCAGACAGCCGCACCAUCGGCGGAGGGUCUGGGAUGCGCAUGACGGCGUUCGAGGAGCCCACGCGCGACCCCGACGUGUGGGCGCCGCCGCCCCCCAGGGACCCAGACGUCUGGCCAUCGCCCACCAACGUCGACCACAA